CUGUGAUGAGGCGGGCUGGAGAUCCGUGCCAGGGUCGCACUAUUUGGCUAAAUGAUUAGGGUGCCUAUUGUGAUGUACAGUUGGAACUACUUAACGGGAAAGCGCAUGAUUGCAAGGGAACCCGCCCCCCCCACCAUCAAUAUUUGUCAUUUUAAGUUAGUACAGGGAACCCCAUAUGUUACUCUUGUAUGGCUCCCCAGAUAGAAAAAGCGAAUUUCUAAUGAAAGCCCUGAUAAUGAUGAAUGAUGAUGAUGAUGAUGAUGAUGGACCUGACAUCGCGUAAGCGCACACGGCUGAUUAUUAUUGGGGGUGGGAAUGUGCUCUGUGUUUGUGAUUAGGAGCAGCGUGACCUCCUCUGCUGACGUAUGUAGUGACGAGCAUGGACUGUAGUGGAGGGCCCGGGAGGAGGGAUACGUGUGCAUUUGGCUGCGGCGGCUGCUGGAGACUGAACUUGCUGUACUGAGGGGCUGUCAGGAGAUCUUUGUGGCUGUGAAGAAAGCUUCCUGCUGGUUUGAUUGUACCGCUGAACCAUUCUCUUGUGCUCCUCUGGAUCUCUAGCAGAGGGACACCUGUAACCUGGAUUAUAGAAAAUAACAGGGGCUUGGGCACUGCCAAUGCCAAACCCUUAGUGGCUGGUGGAGAUGGAUACUUGCCAUAAAAGGAAUACAUAUUCUUCAUGAUCACACAAUAUAUUAUUUAUUCUACAUACCUUUACAAUGAAAACAUGGCAAUUCGUUGGGGUUGGUAGUAUUAACGUGCUGCCAAUGUUCUACCUGAAGAGGAAAGUUGUGCCAGGGGCUGCUCACAGCACAUGAACAGGGAGACUUUGCCUUAUGAUGAUCUAGAACAAAACAAGUUAAAUUUGGAUAAUGGAGAACAGGAUGCUUAUUAUACGGUGUAAUCAAGAUACACCACAUACAUCACUGGAAAAAUCUAACAGCCCAACACAUGGUAUCAAAGAUAUGUAUUGCUCAGAUGAUGGUUCUAGUAUUGAAGAUACAGAUUUUAACUGGGAUGAGUAUCUGGAGGAAUCUGCAUCAAGUGCCGCACCUCACACAUCUUUUAAACAUGUUGAAAUCAGUCUACAGAGCAGUUUCCAACCAGGGAUGAAGCUUGAGGUGGCAAAUAAGAGCAAUCCAGACACUUAUUGGGUAGCUACUAUCAUUACUACAUGUGGACAGUUACUUCUGCUACGAUAUUGUGGCUAUGGAGAAGACCGCAAGGCUGACUUCUGGUGUGAUGUAAUGACAGCAGAUCUGCACCCCAUUGGUUGGUGUACACAGAACAAUAAAUUACUGAGGCCUCCAGACGCAGCAUUAGGGGCCAUUGUGUUCCAGCGGCAGCAACACUUCCAUGUUUCAAAUUCGACUAAUGCAAUAAAGGAAGAAUGUACUGACUGGGCAGAGUUCUUGAUCCAUGAUCUGACAGGCUCAAGGACAGCUCCAGCCAAACUCCUUGAAGGUCCUCUUCGAGGGAAAACCCCAGUAGACCUGAUUAUAGCCGAUUCAUUGAUAGAACUCCAGGAUAAGCAGAAUCCCUUCCAGUACUGGAUUGUCCGUGUGAUAGAAAAUAUUGGAGGAAGAUUGCGGCUGCGCUAUGCGGGACUAGAAGAGUCUGAUUCCUGGGAUCAGUGGCUAUUUUACUUGGACUACAGACUUAGGCCUGUUGGGUGGUGUCAAGAAAACCAGUUCAGGAUGGACCCACCAAUAGAACUUUGUCCAUUAAGGAGCAUAUCAGAAUGGAAAAGUGCCUUGGAAAAAUCUUUGGUAGAAGCAGCAAGAUGUCCUCUACCGGUAGAAGUUUUUAAGGAUCAUGCUGAUUUAAGGAGCCAUUCUUUGACUUAUGGGAUGAAAGUUGAGGUUGUAGAGCCAGAAGAAUGUAAUUGUAUACGCCCUGCAACAGUAACUAAGGUGUUCAACAAUCUCUACUUUCAAGUGACUGUGGAUGAUCUAAGACCAGAGGCAAAAGAAGUAUUCAUGCUGUGUCAUGCAGAUUCUUUGACUCUUUUACCUGUACAGUGGUGCCUUAUAAAUGGAGUCAAUCUCACUUCUCCUAAAGGUUAUCCAGGACAGGACUUUGACUGGGCAGAUUACCAGAAGCAGUGUGGAGCCGAGGCAGUACCUGAUACUUUGUUUAGAAAUACAUCCAGUUCUCGGAGUUUUACAAAAGACAUGAAGCUUGAAGCAGUCAAUCCGAGUAAUCCUGCAGAAAUUUGUGUUGCCUCUGUGACCAAAGUUAAAGGGAGAUUAAUGUGGCUGCACCUUGAAGGUUUACAGAACCCAGUUCCAGAGUACAUUGUGGAUGUGGAAUCCAUGGAUAUUUUUCCUGUUGGCUGGUGUGAAGCAAAUUCCUACCCACUCAGUACACCACUUAAAGCAGUUGUAAAAAAGAAGAAGAAAGUUGCUGUGGUGCAGCCAGAGAAACAAUUGCCUUCAUCGGUACCUUUUGAGACCAUACCUCAAGAGCUCUCUCCUUUCCCAGAUAACAAUUUAACAGGAAAUGUCAAUGGGAAAUAUUGCUGCCCACAACUUUUUAUCAAUCAUCGCUGCUUUUCAGGACCAUUUUUAAAUAAAGGAAGAAUUGCAGAGCUACCUCAGUCAGUGGGGCCUGGGAAAUGUGUUUUGGUCCUAAAGGAGGUCCUCAGCAUGGUAAUUAAUGCAGCCUACAAACCAGGAAGAGUCUUAAGGGAAUUACAAUUAGUAGAAGAUUCUUUAUGGAAUUUCCAGGAAGAAACAUUGAAAGCCAAAUACAAAGGAAAAACAUACAGGGCAACAGUCAAAAUAGUCAGAACUUCAGAUCAAGUAGCAGAUUUCUGCCGUAAAAUCUGUUCUAAGCUGGAGUGCUGUCCCAAUUUAUUUAGUCCACUGCUGAUUACUGAUGUGUGCCCUGAGAAUUGUUCUGUUCAUACAAAAACGAAAUAUACUUACUAUUACGGAAAGAGGAAAAAAAUUACAAAGCCUUCAGUUGGAGAACAUAGCUUGGAAAACGUACAAGCAAAACCAACAAGGCGAAGAAAGAGAAGAAAAUCUAUAUUUGUGCAGAAGAAAAGACGAACCUCUACAAUAGACAUCAGCCCAGUGGAAUCAGCAGAGGAGAGUAUAGAAGACGAGUUAAUGGAUGAUGAAACUGGAAGUGAGGAAACAAGUUCUGAACUGCGUGAUGAUCAGACAGACACUUCCUCUGCUGACGUUCCUUCUGUGCGACCCCAAAGGGCAGUUACACUCCGAAACCGUAUUGUAUCUGAGAGGGCCCCUCCAGUAGAGAGAGCAAGAAGAGAUAGGAAAACACGCUCAUUACCCAGCAUUGAUGGGGACACAACUCUGAAAACUGAAAUGAAGGAAGAAGAGCACCUUGUUCUAGAAAGUAAUCCUUUGCAAUGGACAGUGACAGAUGUUGUCAGAUUCAUCAGAUCCACAGACUGUGCGCCUCUCGCAAAAAUCUUUCAAGAACAGGAUAUUGAUGGCCAAGCUCUUUUGCUGCUAACUCUCCCCACCGUGCAGGAAUGUAUGGAAUUGAAACUGGGCCCAGCCAUUAAAUUAUGCCAUCAAAUAGAGAGGGUCAAGAUUGCAUUCUACGCACAGUAUGCCAACUGAACGUUCUGCUUGGUAUUGAUGUGCCUAAUUUAUAAUAUGUAUUGUACAGGUGUGUUAUUAAAAUGCUAAAGCACUGGUCGCUUUAAGUAUGCAAUUGUAUUUCCAUAUCUGUAAAGCACAUGCACAUAGAGCACUAGUCUGUAGAUGUUUGUUAUCAUGGUCUCAAGUUCUAGAGAUACAAAUCCAUAAGAAGUUUCUUACAUAGAAAAACAUGCAUAUCAGGCCCAUUGUUUAACUUCAUGUGUAAAAGCAAAGUUCAGCAUAUCUGAUAUGUUUGCUAAUCUUGUAUUUUUCUUUCAUAUUGAAAGUGUGUGGUUGUUUUUACUGUGAUUGUGGCUUAUAUGAAAGCUUUGAUCCCAACAAUGAGCACAUUUUCUACUGUUGCUUCUUGACAUUUUCUAACAAUAGACAGCAAAGUGAAGCUCUUCAGCACUUUGCCCCAGUGGGUAAUGAUGUGUAAUUUAGUGUUUUAUGGACCCUUUCUGCCAGCAAAGACAUGACUUGUUAGAAUGCAUACUUUGUCACUUCAUUCCUGCAAUAGCCUGUGAUUACUCACACAAGAUAACUCAAGAUCUAGGCAUCUGGUUUCAUAGCAAGUCAACAGUAACUCUAGGCAUGCUUUAAAUCAAACACUGAUAAUUUUAUAAUAAUGUAAUAAUAAGGUAAUACCCAUCAUUAAAAUGAAAAGAUCUCACUGAAAUAUAUCAGAGAGAAUAGAAGCUUCUUGUGGAACUGAAAUAGACAAGUCAUCUUUAGCCUUCUCAUGCCACAAAUCACUCGCUGAUGGGCAGAAAAGGCAAUUAGCUGAAUACACUGGUGUGAGGCAAGAUUCAAAACUGUUUUUUUUUAUAGCCGAAUUAAUUUGUUUUACCCAGAUAUAUAAUGAUGAAUAAAUCAAAAGCUAUGACAAGAAUUCCCAACUAAUGAUGGGAAUAUGCUCAUGAUGCUUUAGGUUUAUGGUCUUGAUGGGCCUUCUGUCAGAGCAAUUUUCAAGGCAAGUAAAGCAGAGGAUUUAGAUGAUAUAAUUGGAUACACAUUAUGUGAUACACAUAGGUCUUCUCAGUCAGAAAUAGUUGUCACUCAGUUUCUCAGCAAUUUUCAUAAUCAACAUGGGAUGAAUUGUCAUGAAUCACUUUCUAUUAUAAUUUAUUGAGAGUACUGCACACUGGUCAGAUCACUGCUGUAACAAUGGAGGGUACUUUCAAGAGAUAAUCACAUCUGUGCACCAUUCUUUUGUCUGAGAUAUCACCCCCCCCCCCCCAGAAAUGUCUCACACUGCAGAGAAUAUUCAAUAUUUAGGGAUGUGAGUUUAAUGUAAAUAGGGUUUAUUUACUAACAAUGGGGAAAUAGGCAUUAACCCAUGGCAAGCAAUGACAUUUUUAUUGGUCUACCUGCAGUUGACUGAA